GCGGCGGCGGGUGCGGGGAGGCCUGUGAGGGCCGCCGCCCCGAGCGCCGGCCUCCCGCGCCAUGGCCCCUAUGGGCAUCCGCCUGUCCCCGCUGGGGGUGGCCGUGUUCUGCCUGCUGGGGCUCGGCGUACUCUACCAUCUGUACUCGGGCUUUCUGGCCGGCCGCUUCAGCCUCUUCGGCCUGGGCGGCGAGCCGGGCGGCGGCGGGGCGGCGGGGCCCGCGGCCGCGGCCGAUGGGGGCACGGUGGACCUCCGCGAGAUGCUGGCCGUGUCGGUGUUGGCCGCUGUUCGCGGCGGCGACGAGGUGAGGCGCGUCCGCGAGAGCAACGUCCUCCACGAGAAGUCCAAGGGGAAGACGCGCGAAGGAGCCGAGGACAAGAUGACCAGCGGGGACGUGCUGUCCAACCGCAAGAUGUUCUACCUGCUUAAGACCGCCUUCCCUAACGUGCAGAUAAAUACUGAGGAACAUGUGGAUGCAGCUGAUCAGGAGGUUAUCUUAUGGGAUCGUAAGAUUCCUGAGGACAUCCUGAAGGAAAUAGCCACCCCUAAAGAGGUACCAGCAGAGAGUGUUACUGUCUGGAUCGAUCCACUUGAUGCUACACAGGAAUAUACAGAGGAUCUUCGGAAGUAUGUCACUACUAUGGUAUGUGUGGCUGUGAAUGGUAAACCUGUACUAGGGGUGAUACAUAAACCAUUUUCUGAAUAUACAGCUUGGGCAAUGGUAGACGGUGGGUCCAAUGUGAAAGCCCGCACUUCCUACAAUGAGAAGACCCCAAGGAUCGUAGUGUCACGCUCACAUUCAGGAAUGGUCAAACAGGUUGCUCUUCAGACUUUUGGAAACCAGACUACCAUUAUCCCAGCUGGUGGUGCUGGUUAUAAAGUUUUAGCACUCUUGGAUGUGCCUGAUAAAAGUCAAGAAAAAGCUGAUCUAUAUAUCCAUGUGACAUAUAUCAAAAAAUGGGAUAUAUGUGCUGGCAAUGCCAUCUUAAAAGCCCUUGGGGGGCAUAUGACUACCCUGAGUGGUGAAGAAAUCAGUUACACUGGUUCCGACGGCAUUGAAGGAGGGCUUCUUGCUAGCAUCAGAAUGAACCACCAAGCUCUGGUCAGAAAACUCCCAGAUCUAGAGAAGACAGGACAUAAAUAAGCAAAGGCAAUCACAGAUCACAGCUCUUCCUCAGUUGAACAGUCAUCGUGAAGCAUCUGGGGGCUUCAAACGCAUCGGUGGAGACUCUGCAUGGUUAAGGCCAUCCUGAACUUUUUAAGUAUUUAUGAAGCAUCAGAGACUUACUGUCCCUGUAAUAGGAUGCAAGAUCAGGGAAAGUGGGUUGCUUCGUGUCUCAAGUAUUGUCUUUAUUUUUGAGACUAUUUUCGUAUGGUUGUCCUACACAAGGCGCGUGCACACACAUGCGCACACGCACACACACACACACACACACAAUUUGUGAAUUAAAAUCUAUAGCUGAGUCUGCAUUGUUAUGAGUCACCAUUUUCACACAACAUCAUGAAUCUUCACUAUUUGUUAGUACAUUCAUACAGAAUUGGGCUGAAGAAAGGAUUGAUUUUAUGUAGAUUUAAUACUACUUUACAGUUGUAGCUCAUUGAAAAUAAAGUAAUUGGGGGUUUUUACCCCUAAUUCAGAUGGAAAGCACAAGAAGCCACACAUUCAUUAAUAUGCAACAAAUGCUCUAUUUAUCUGUUGUUACUGAAUAUUUCUUAUGGAUUAAAAAAGAAAAAAACUUAAAUUGUUUUUUUUUUCUUUGAAAUUUUAAUAAUAAGUUCACCAGCUAGUCGAGAAUAUAGCUAUAUGAUGAUUGCGUUGUAAUUGUAGUUUCUAUGUGUGUAUUUUUGUUUUGUUUUUUGUUUUGGUACAGAAAAGUGUAUUUGUACCCAUGGGUCCAACAUUCCUGUCAUCUUACUCUUGAUUUUUGUUUGCUCUGUGGACAUUGCAUGGUCCCAUCCUUUCCCUCCUAACCAACAUUUAGUCUUUAACAUGUAAGGUUUGGAUUAAGGUUUCAGGGUUAGCAUUAGGAUUUUGGUACAUUUUCUCCUUAGGGAUAAAUUAUGCACUAUAAGAAUAUAAAUUAUUCUGUUAGUUGAGUCAUUUAAUAUUACACAAAUUGAGCUAGCUUUCAUUAUUUUCAAAAGUUUUAGUACUUUUUAAAAACUUUGCCAGGUUUGUAUGUAGAGGUUCUGCCCUUACCAAGAAUGAUUUAUGGUUGCUUUCACCAUUAAUAAAUGGAUCUGAUCUAAUCUCAAAGCAGUAAUUUUUAAGUUAUUUUAAUGUUUCUUUUCAGAUUAAAAUAACAAAGGUUAAUGUUACUUUUUGAUUAAUUUUUCUCUUAAUUCAGUAGGCAGAAUCUGAUUGGAAGAAAGGUGGCGUAUUCACUGUGUCACUAUAAUUAGAUCCUUGUUUUGUGAACUUUCAUUGGGAUGUUGGAUUUCUGUUAGUAUGUUAUCUGGAAACUUCAUGUAAACAGUACCGUUCUUUCAUGUGACUUUGAUGUCCUUGUAUUUUAUAAUAUACUGAUUAGAGGGGAAGGGGUUUGCU